GUCCCUGUGAGCUUCGAGAUUCCUUUGGGGACGGACCCUCCGUCCUCCACUGUCACAUCCCCAUCAUCUUUCGUGGCGUGACGCCUGACCGCACAACGACGCAUAGCUCGAUCCGCGACUCCCGUCCUCGGCAGGCACCUGGCGAUGCGAUAACGCCGUCUUUAUCGAACACAUACCCGGCGCAUCCAGACGCCCUUUCGCCGCGAUGCCGCGACGCAGACGCCCGCCGCGUGCCGGCGCCCUCUCGGAGCUACAGCCCCUGCGCAUCGCCUCCCAGAUCGCCAUCCUGCAGACGCUCUACUACGCCGCCGCCACCGCCCUCCUGCUCUUCACGACGCUCGUCGCUGGCCUACCCUUUGGCCUCAAUAUGCUGCUUGGCUGGGAUGCUGUUCGCGGCGACACCACCACUGGCUGGCUGCUGGCCUUCGUGUGGCUGCUCGACGGGGGUCUGUGCAUGGCUGUCGCCAUUGUUGUCCUCAUCGCGCGUAGCAAGCUCGUUCCCGAUUUUGCUUUGACCAUUCACUUCCUUCACCUGCUCGCCACGACGCUCUACACGCGCUCGUUGCCCCGGCACGCCAUGUGGUGGGCCACCAUGCUUGCUUCCUCGGCACUCGCCGUCGCCGCUGGCUCAUGGGGUUGCCGCUACCGCGAGCUGCAGCCCGUUUUCUUCGGCGGCGGGCGCAUUCUGGGCUCGGGCGGCGGCGGCGCAGCGGCUUCGGCGAGUGCCACCGCGGAUGACGACGCCGAUGUUGAUGUCGAGGCUGGCGAGGGCGGCGAGGGCCUUCUCGAGGACGCAGACACUGGGUUCUCACGUGGUAGGGGAAGAGGUCGCGGCAGAGACGGCGCGGGCGAGUACGAGAUGGUGCAGAUGCAAAAGGCAGCCUGAGGGCUUAGAGCGAAACAGCGGCAUUGCUCGGCGUUUUGGAAUAUGUUUUAGUGCGCCAGCGGCGCCGUUUCCUGCGUUGUAUGAGACGGCAACUCACGGGUUGUCACGCAGCAGGUGGUCAUAUACCAUUAGUCUGAUUCAUCAGCGGCCCAUAGCCAGCGCGGUGAUUGAUAUAAUUCGUCAUGGAGCUC